GUUGAUUUGACCACGUCCGACGACCAUGAUCCUUUGCGUUUAAACAAUAGAUUAUUUGAUGUGACGUCAUAGUGAAAUAGGGCAAUUAUUUUACCAUGAUAACCAUAGGUGAUGAUGGGUGAUUACCAGAGAAAGAACUGGCCAGAUAUCGCGUUCCAUUCCCUGCUCCGUGUCUUGUGCUCAUUAAGUCUCGCACACCACCCAGCCUCGAGGUCCAGCCAGCUCUUUCUCUCUUUUGUCAAACCAAACCAAACCGAGCGAACGCCUUCUCGUCGACAGACAAUAUCUAGCGUCUUCUCAAGCUCAAAUCACCAACAAUGUCCAAGAAAUCGCGUUCAACCGCAAAACAAGAAAUACCACGUGAACGAUCAACCUUAUUCGAACAACUUGCUCAGCUCGAGGAUUUCGACAUUGAGGAGGCAAACUAUCCUACUCUACCGCCUCCGACUACUUCAAGAACAACACCUUUGACCAAAUGUUCAUCCUUAGCACAGGAGCUUGAACUUGCCAAACUGCAGAAAGAAAAACUUCAGCUUGAGUUGGAAUUGUUACGUUUAAAACAAGGCACCACACCCCCUGACGAUACAGCUACAAAAAACAAGGGUAAAGAUGCCAAGAAACGGACCAUAGAGUGUCCCCAAGACUUCGUUCCAGGUAUGUCAUCAAGUAGUGCAGAUUCAAACUCUUUAGAUAUGGCAGGUUUCAUAGCAGGCUAUAUCGCGAUGAUCAAGCCCUACGACGCCGAGGCAAAAGAAACCAUGUACGCUCUCCUCGAAUUGAUUUCUUCGAAAGCCAUUAGAUAUUCCUGGAGUAGUGUUCGUGGUUUUUAUUGCUACAUAGCGCGCCAAGUGGAGCAGCGUCGAUUGGAAUGGUCUCAGCUCGAAGAGAUUAGAAAUUCAAGCACGACAUUCUUCAAGCACUCGGAUCUCCGAUCAACGACAACAAAGAGCAACGCAUCGCGUCAAACAACAUCGACGAAUGGAGACAAAACUGCUGAGAAAGGUUGUCAGGCAUGGAAUUACAAAGGAGCGUGUGUUUGUGAUUCAUCGUCUGAUAGUUACGCCACUAUGCACGUUUGCCGUGUUUGCAAGUCGACGGAACACGUGCACCCAAUGCUAAAUUGUCCAAAGCGUCGUAUGCCAAUCCCAGGUCAAUGACUCCAAGAUUCCCGCUCAGAUUUAAAUCAAAUUACGGAUAAUGAACUGGACAAAUCAACGGAAAAAGAAAAAAUGUACACGAAAACAAAUGAUAUAAACUCUUUUAAUUGUAAUAAAGCAGUUGUCGCACACUUACUGGCAUCUCGGGAUAAAGGACCUAACGCCUACGGAACCAAAGUUCCUGUGACAACUCAUCUAAACAUCCCGCAAUGGAGAUCAUAUUUAUCUGAGUAUAUGGAUCAUGACGUGGUCAAAUUUAUGCAAUAUGGCUGGCCUAUUAACUACAUGUCAGAGAUUGACAGUCGUCAUCGACUAAUCAUAAAUCAGCAGAAAUUAACCCUGAGCACGUUCAACACUAUCUGGACACAGAAUCGAAAUUCGGCGCGACUGCAGGACCCUUUGUGUCAAAUCCAUUACACCAAACUUUGAUUACGUCACCACUACAGACUGUACCUAAACGCGGUUCGUGCUUAGACUAUAAGAAAGAUCUUAAACGUACUUAUCGACAGUUUCCGUUCGACGACCCUAAAGAUUAUUAAUAUAAUAAUAACAAUGAUAAACUCUUUAUUUACUGAUGGUAGCACUAAAUAGCAAUAUGCUAACAAMCCUGUGGCCCUCUAAUAUAUAAACUAUGAAGAUAUGUGUGUAAAAAACUAUAAAAUUAUAACUACAAGAUAAAAACCCCUACACUAAAAAAUAAAUUAUAACUAAUAGUUAAUAAAUUAUU